AUGAGUCAACAACAAGAAUCACUGGUUCCAGCCAAUCGUCCCAAAUCCACUGCUCAACCAAAGUCCUUCAAAGAGCAGAAAUCCCUUUCGGAGAGAAUUGAAGAAUCACGAAAAGUGAGAGAGAAGUAUCCAGAUCGUGUUCCUGUAAUUUGUGAGAAAUCAGCCGUUGAAAAGGAUUUACCCUCCAUUGAUAAGAACAAGUAUCUCGUUCCAGCCGAUUUAAAUGUUUCACAAUUUGUCAUGGUUGUACGAGGAAGACUCUCCGUCGAUGAAACCACCUCUCUCUUCUUUUUCGUUGGAAAGGAUGUGCUUCUUAUGCAGACGGAUCUGAUGGGAUCCAUCUAUGAAAAGUACAAGGACGAAGAUGGAUUUUUAUACAUUUCCUACUCGGGACAAAACACUUUGGGAGCUUUGGAAUAA